GUCCGAGCUUUCAGGAAAGUCCGUGAAUGCAGCACUACAAGUGGGAGUGGCUUCUUUGAGAGGUCACAACAACAAUCAUGGCGUGGAGGGGGUGUCUUGUGAAAUGGUCCAAAAUAGAGUCCAUUAAAUCGCAGAACACGAAGCCCUGUAGUUCGAGAUUCAACCCCUACCACCAGCAGAGGUUUGGUUUUCGUCGUGAAGCAAAAAGGUCGGACACCAAAAGAGGAAAUGACACCAAAGAAACAAAAGCCUUGCCUCCCGAGGCGGGGAUGCCAGGAUCCCAACCUCCUCCCAAAAUCCGAAGGCCGAGUCUCUUCAGACCGUUCAUGUUCACGGUUGGGUUUACAGGCUGCUCCUUCGGCGCAGCGGCCAUCCUGCAGUACGAGACCCUGAAGUCAAGAGCCCGGGCUGCAAAAGAUGGAGAGGAGUUAGAAAAACUGGUGCUGGGUUCCCAGGACAUGGCAUAUUGGCACGACUGGUGGAACCAGCUCUCCGGUUUACAGCGACAGGCCCUCCUCCUGAUGUCCAUGUUGGAUGAUUUUUGGAGCAGCCUAUCAGAAGGCCAGAAGACGGUCACCGGUAUUAUUGCAAUAAACACUGCAGUUCUUUGCUGCUGGCGGAUCCCAUCAAUGCAGAGAAACAUGAUUAAGUACUUCACGUCAAACCCAGUCUCAAAAACCCGAUGCCUUCCCAUGAUCCUGUCCUCCUUCAGCCACUACUCCAUUAUCCACAUGGUGGCCAACAUGUAUGUCCUAUGGACAUUUUCCUCUGGAAUCGUCUCUCUUCUAGGAAAAGAGCAAUUCCUUGCAGUUUAUCUUUCUGCAGGUGUGAUCUCUACAAUGGUUAGUUACAUUUGUAAAACAGCAACAGGGCGAUUCCAUCCAUCGUUAGGAGCGUCAGGUGCUGUCAUGGCUGUACUUGCUGCCGUCUGCGCAAAGGUACCAGAAGCCAAGUUAGGAAUAAUCUUCCUUCCCAUGUUCACAUUCAGUGCUGGAAAUGCCCUUAAAGCGCUCGUGGCCCUGGACACAGUUGGGCUAAUUUUGGGAUGGCGGCUGUUUGACCAUGCGGCUCACCUUGGUGGAGCUCUCUUUGGAGUAUGGUACGUGGCAUACGGUCACAAACUGAUCUGGAGGAAAAGGGAACCUCUUGUAAAACUCUGGCAUGACGUGCGUUCCCCAGGCUCUAAGGGAUCCAAACCUGGCGCUGGUGGAGGAGCUGGAAACCCCUAAAACUCCCAGAGAUCCAAAACUUACUGCUAAAUAUGCAAAGAUUUUCAUUUUCUUUAGUGACAUACAAUGGGAUAUCAGGGGAUAUUGUUUGAAAGGUCUGUUAAAGACAGAACCGCCUAAACUCAUGACUUUUUCAGAGUUUUCUGUCUAAUGGUUGCAUGUAAACUGUUUUUUUGGCAGGGGACAGGCAAAGGAAACAGUGGUCCUAUAAUGUACAGUUGAAACAAUUUAGCAGUUUGGUUGAUUUUCAAGUGGAAUAUUCUUAAAAAGCCAAAUACUAUCCAACAAUCAUGCACCCCAUUUUUUCUGCUUUUGGUGUCCGUGUCCAGUGCUCAUGGCUUUGAGUGUAAAGUGUGACUUGUCACUGAAAUGUGGCAUUUUUAGGUGAAAAAAAAAGAAAAGAUGCCUGAAGUUGGUUGGCUUUUCAAUUCAGUUUUGAAUAAUUUGUUCUAUCCCGAAUGGUUUCUUAAGGUUGAAUACUUACUUUAAAUCAAGAAACCUUUAGAUGAAAGACCUUAAGAAAAAGAUGUGAUGUUUAAUGCUUGUCAAUGCAUUUCCAACUAUUUUUAACAAGACUCUAUGUUAAAGACAAAAAUAUUUUCUUUGUCUCAAAAUAACUAAUAAACAUUAAAGUAACAUUUUCCACUAAAAAACUAAGCUGAUUAAACACACAUGAAUUUA